AUGGUUCACAUUGCCACCAGGCCAAAGAAGAUUCUCCAACUAUGGUUAUGGUACUGGGCUCCUCAAUAUUGCAGAGAGAACCCCAAGGAAUCUUUGCUAGUCGGAUCAAAAUUCUCGACAGGCGGCAAACUGGUUGCCAAAGGGGCGAGCGCUCCUGAAAAGGUGCCAAGAGGUUUUCUAGCGGUGUACGUGGGGGCAGAGCAACGGAGGUUUGUGAUUCCAUUGAGUUGCUUGUCAACGCCAGAAUUUGUGGGUUUGAUGGAUAAAGUUGCUGGGGAAUUUGGUUAUGACAGUCAAGGUAGUGGGCUGCAUAUUCCAUGCGAAGAGGAAGACUUUGAGGAAAUACUGCUAAGAUGCUUGAGAUUGCGAAGGGACAAGGCUUCUUCCACGAGCAGGAUCAAGAGGAGCAACACAUCGUCUUGA